AUGUUGGAAGCAACUCUAAGGGCCGCAGAAAUGGCAAUGAGGGACCUAGCGACAAUACUGUUAUGGGGGCCAGUGUCACGACGGCAGAUAGUAUGCUCCCCAAUGAUGCUGGGUAAUGCAAAUAAGCGGGGAGAAAACAUAUUGGAAACUUCCAACCCAUUUAACCCAUAUCAUAGGCACAAUGGAGUUGCCCCCUUUCACAAGAUAUAUGAUGAAACGUCGACUGGAGAAAAUGGGUCCUCCCGCCGCGAUUCCUCCUCCUUCCAAACUGAUUCUCCACCCUCAACAGAUAACCUUAUGGAAAAAUUCGCCUUCAAUAAUCUAAAAUUGGAAUUAGAAAACACAAAAAACACAACUGCCAUCAAUACCAUAGGUGAAAUAUGCAAUGAACAUAUCACCAAGUUCGCCAACUCAGAUCGGCAAGGAACAACUAUCAAUAACCUUGAAGAAAUAUGCAACCAUCUUCAAAAAAUUAAAAAUCAUAUUGAAUCAGAUAUAUCACUACUGAAAUGCGAAAAGUCCCUAUUGGAUUCACCCUCCUCCACCAUAUUAAAUACCGUUGAAUAUAUUAGCCCAAGAAACAAACUUGACCACAACUAUUCUAAUUCCUUUGCCUCUAAUGAGAUAUUAGCAGGGACAGAAAAUACAGAAGCGCAAAACUCAGAUCAAGAAGAUGCCCUAUCCUUUCUAAAAAUAACCACAAAACAAUCGACCAAAGGAGAACUGCUGAGAUCAGCAAUACCCAUAGAUACUAUGAACAAUGAUAUUAAGUCCCAGAAACACUUCACAAUCAACAGGUAUAAAGCUUUCGUCAAUACCUUCGCUUUCCUCUCCGAUCUAGCCUCUGUUGGAGUUUCGAUCAUUAAACUAGUUAAAGGAGAUUCUCUUGAAGAAUGGGAGAAGGGAUCAUCACCCCUAGUCUACUUUGAACCCAUCAUUCAAGAUGCCACAGACUACAUAAGUGACCAACCUCAAAUUAGCAGCAAAAAGAGAUUCGUUUUACGCCUCAGGAAAGAGGCAUUCGACAAGCCCUUUCUGGAUAGCCUACCCCUAAAGGGUAAACUGAAACUGAUGAUGAAGAACUCAUCCUCUGCAGGUCCGGGCUCGGCAGCCACACCAACCAACGAUAUAACAGCCAAAGAUUUCACACCACCCUCACAUUCCGAUAUAUUAUACCUAGAUACAAUAAAAUUCCAAACCAUACUGAAUCUCCUCCCACAAGCAGAUCCAGAUACACAACUAAUACAAGAAGUCUUAACCCUAGAAAUCUCACCACUAGACAUUUUCUUAGGCACCUUCCCCUCUUUUGAGCAUGUUGAAGUCUCGAUUUACCUGCCAUAUCUCCCCUCUACACACUCCGAUGUUAACUUUGAGCUAUGGGAUAUCAGGGCCGCUACCAGGGUAGGUACCUUCCUUUCUACAAGACAGCGAAUGAUAAACCGUACAUUAAGGGCGGAGGCAUCCGCCUAUAAAAAGCAAGCAGAACUGAAUAGGCAGAGGCAAUUGUUGAUCGAUGCAAAGAUCAGGACCAACGGUUGGUACGACAUCUUCGCUUGGGGAUGUCUGCCCGUGCGGGCAAUCGAUUCGCCCGAUCAAUUUGUCCCACUUCCAGCUGGCUAUUGCCAUGGAGACAAAGAGUUCCCAUAUAAUAACGCUGCAAAGCCACUAUCUGAAGCCGCUGAAUACCAGGGUAGGGCUGGGAAUGACAAACGAAAUGUAUGGAUGCAGUCAUCCUAUUUUAACCUAACUGGUGCUCCGUUGUUCUGGCGUAAUUCUGCAAUAAUGGAAAUGGGAGCGCGUUGUAGACCAAUUGAGGCUGGCAAACCCAUUAUUAGGUGCAGGAGGGAUAGGGGUAGGAAGGCAGACCAGACGAUGCCUAGCCCCUCUACACCCACAGAUGGAAACGAUGAACCUGUAAACUACCCUAUCGACACUUUAAAUUGCAGACAGGGCAACAAAUUUACCCUAUAUCGUCGUCUAUUCAGCCUAGAAAAUGUAGUGCGGGUGGGCAAUACCCUUAACCGCGACAAAGAUCCCAUUUUCACUUACUAUGAGAAGAACAUAAACUCUGUAUGGACCUUCGCACAAGUCCGGACAUUUAUCAUAAAGUACUUACUAUACCCCAAAAACUUCAUAAAAAUCGCCUCUUUUUUGGACUCCAAGAGCGUGGGUGACUGCAUAGAUUUCUACUACAAGUUCAAGUAUAAACUAAGGCUCAAGGAGAGACUUGCAGACAUUAAGUUAAGGUCAUUAGGUGCCACAAUAAUCAAAUCUAAGCAGGAUAUAAAACGUCAUCAGAAGAGAGAUUUUCACCUAAUAGAUGCCCUGUUUUCGGAUCAAAUACCACGGGGUCUCUUCUCCCCGAUUAGUUGGCCCCCAGAUCAUGCAACGUACCUUGAUAACAUAAUCUGUGCUGAUGCCCUAUAUGUCUACUCGGAUCGAACACCAAGGCGUCUCUUUUCCCAGAAUAGUUGGCCAAACGAUCGCCCCUCCAGUGUACAUGCGCUAGACUGGCGAAGACUCUACCACCCAUUAUAUCACCUGGAUAACCUCCGUGAAGGGUACUUUCUCCCUAUUGACGUUAAUGCCCUAUUCACCACGCAACCACUAGUCGUGCCUACUUCAUAUCUACCGACCAACCCACACGUACUCACCCUUAGGGGAUCGAUACACCUGAACCGAACACCCCGCCCAGCGGACGAGAACUGCGUUGAUUUCGCGGUUUGCUACGCCUUGGCGGAGUUGGCUAGGUUCCCGCCAGACACGUCCAGAUCGAUGGAAUCCUCGAUAAAUGAAGGUGGGCAGGUGUCUAUUCCAUGUGUGGCGGCUGAGGAAAAGGCCCAUCGGCCCAUAGACAAUCAGCCCAUAGACGGGCGUGGCGUCAGCAGACUCUCGGGGGUAGCCUGGAAGCUGAUGGACCCUAUACCCCCAAUCACCGCCCUGCCAGACUACUCCAAGACCCAGCUUGAGGCCACUCCUAUAGUGGGAUUUCAUUCUCGGCUGUUGGAAGCCAUUCCUGUGGAGGGGCUUUCCAGAGAAACGGGCAUGAUGCCUGGAAACGGUGUUGAGCCAUUGGAGAGAGGCUCUGGAUUUCUGCAACAUCGCAAUCGAAAUAUAAAGAAGGAUGGACUCAUUACCUCCGAUGAGGAGUGUAGCGUAUUAGCCGAGGAUUCCGCCAUUUUCGACUUGGAAAGAUUGAAUAUUUCCCUUAAAUAG